AUGUUCUACAAUUACCUCAUCAAAGCGUUUUUGAGUGACCAGUCACUGUUCAGUGAUGUGAAGGCAAUCGUGGAUUGCCCAUUGAAGUGCGACCCGGCAGAAGUUAUUCGAGCUUGCCGAGACAAAGUUCCUCCCCGGGAGAUAAUGGCUUUAUUGCAUACUCCCGGAGCUGACUUGACGUUCCCCGUGCUUACGAUCCCUGAGUCAUUGCGCUAUGGCCGAAACCGCUUCCUUGAGCGUCUCACAGACGCCAAGUCGGUGGCGAGGCGUCGUCCCAGACGCACGACUAUAGGGUACUCUUCCGGUUCGGAAGAGGUAUUGAAGAACAUGGGACGUCGCAACAGUCUGUACAGCAGCAAGCCCGUAGACAUGGCUCAGCUCCUGGACAUGGCUUCGGACACGGCGGAAGCCAUUGAGCGAGAAGGGAACAAGAGACUGCAGGCUCUGCAGGCGGAGGACAGCAAGGAGGUGGUAGCUUACGGAGAGGAGGAUGUCGUGACUAAGAAAGCAGACGACCCAACUCGUGAACGAAUGUUGAAGCAGUACUAUGCGAGACUGCAAGUCCUCGGCACUUCCCUCAUUCAGAUUUGGACACGGUUCUACCGCCAGGUCUCUCCUACCUGGGCCCAAGACCGCAACUCCCUGAUUCCACUGCCCAAGCCCUUCAUCGUGCCCGGCGGCCGAUUCAUUGAAAUUUACUACUGGGACAGUUACUGGAUUAUCCGAGGGCUGCUCUCCAGCGGGCUCAUUGAUGUAGCCAGAGACGCAAUCGAGAACUUCCUCUACAUGGUCGAGCGUUUCGGGUUCAUUCCCAACGGCAGUCGCAAGUACUACCAAGACCGCUCACAGCCCCCCUUCCUUUCGACCAUGAUCCGAGCCUACUGGAACUCCACCGGCGACAAGGAGUUCAUUGCGAACGCGUUCCCGCUGCUGGACAAAGAGUACCAGUUCUGGAUGAACGAAAGACUGGGACACGCCGUUAACCUCCAAAUGCCGGAUCCCGCCAAUCCAUCGAAAACCACACACUGCGUCUUGAACCGUUUCUACUCCCUGGAAGUCACACCCAGACCAGAGUCAUAUCGCAUUGACGAAAUCACCGGGCGCCUGUACCUCGAAUACAAGGGGGCUGCAGAGUCUCUCGAAGAACAUUACCGUGCUGUCCGCGCCGGGGCAGAGUCUGGAUGGGACUUUUCAAGUCGCUGGUUGAGACCGGCGAUUGAAGGCUUGGGCGAGAGCGGUAUCCGCCCGGACCACCGCAUUGACCAAGAGCUACACAAGCUCUGUCUCAUUGACAUUGACACCUGCAACGUAAUUCCCUGCGACUUGAACGGAAUCUUGUUCGCCAUGGAAAACGACCUAAGCUUCUUCGCCGAGCUUCUCGGACACCACGUACAAGCCCAAGCAUAUCAGGCCGCAGCCGCAAAGAGAAGGGCUGCCAUGCUCCACUUCAACUGGGACCCGGAACAAGAACGCUGGAUGGACUACGACAUGAAGACCCAACGACUCAGCAAAGUCAUCUCCGCUGCCUCCUUCAUUCCCCUCUGGGCCGAUGUGAACCCCGAACCCAUGGACGAUAAACGACGCAUGCAAUUAGCAUCCAACCUCUCACCCAUCAUCAGACCCUACGGCAUCGUCUCCACCCACGUCCGAGCCGGUCUCCAAUGGGAUUCGCCAAACGUCUGGGCCUGCAGCCAUCAUAUUGCCGUUGACUUCAUGUGCGGUGGACGCUUCUGGGAAACCACAAAGAAGGCGGAAGACGAUAACGGCCCAGCCAUGCAACUAGGCAUCAACUGGGCCAGCCGCUUCGUUAACACCGUCCUCGAUCGGUUCGAGUUCAGAGGUACCUGUUCUGAGAAAUAUCACUGCUACCGCCCGGGCAAGAGCGGGAUGGACGGCGAAUACGUCACUCAAGAAGGCUUCGGCUGGACAAAUGGUGCUGUGCUAGACUUCCUUGAAAAAUUUGGAACCAGACUCUCUCCCCAAGGGCUCUAUGCCGCACCGAGACCGUACUAA